UAUACUAUCUACACCUCUCGAUCAAAUGUCCAGCCAUCUCUACGGCUUCGGCGCUGCUGCUCAAUCAGCCACUUCUGCCGCCACCGCCGCCGCCCUCUCCUCCGUCUACUCCUCCCGCGCCCUAACCGACUCCUACCUAUCCGACCCCGCCCUCCGUUACUAUUCCGGGUCCGACCCUUUCGCCGACCACCACACCCGAGCUAGCUCCAUGUAUCUUCCGCCGCAUUUGAUUCCCCAUUCAGCAUGGCCAGCUCCCGAUGUCGAGCCCGGCGUCCCCGGCGUCAAACGCCCCUCCGAAGCACUCUACCAUCAGAGUUAUAUGGGUGCCUAUAAUACGAUUGGGCAAGAAGCUUGGUAUGCUGCGUUAGCCAAGCGCCCUAGAUACGAGGGUGCAAGCACUUUGCCUAUAUAUCCACAGAGGCCAGGAGAGAAGGAUUGUGCCCAUUAUAUGCUCACAAGAACCUGUAAAUUUGGAGAGAGCUGCAAAUUUGACCAUCCUAUUUGGGUUCCUGAGGGUGGAAUCCCAGAUUGGAAAGAGGUUCCACUUGUUGCUCCAACUGAAGUCCUUCCUGAGAGACCAGGAGCACCAGAUUGUCCUUACUUUAUAAAGACUCAAAGAUGCAAAUUUGGUAUGAGGUGCAAGUUUAAUCAUCCGAAGGAUAAAGUGAUUGCUUCUGAUGCUUCAGAAAAUGCUGAUGUUUUUACCUUACCUGAGAGGCCAUCUGAACCCCCAUGCGCAUUCUACUUGAAAACUGGGCAAUGUAAAUUUGGUGUGACCUGCAAAUUUCAUCACCCGAAAGAUAUCCAAAUACCAUCAGCUAACCAAGAGAACAAAGCUGGAGAAACUGAUACGGCUAUCAAGACAGAGGGAACUGGAUUUUCUGUUAAGGCUCCUAUUUCAUUUACCCCUGCAUUAUUAUAUAACACCAAGGAGCUUCCUGUAAGACCGGGUGAACCUGAUUGUCCAUUCUACCUGAAAACUGGAAGUUGCAAGUAUGGGGCAACUUGCCGCUACAAUCAUCCUGAUAGAUAUGCAAUCAAUCCGUCAAUUGCUGCAAUCAGCCAUCCAAUUGUAGCCACUCAGGCUGCAGGUCUGAACAUAGGAGUCAUUGAUCCGGCUGCCUCCAUUUAUCAAACUUUGGCUCAGCCAACGGUGGGAGUCGGCCCAACUGUGUAUCCUCAACGCAUUGGACAGAUUGAAUGUGAUUACUAUAUGAAGACAGGGGAAUGUAAGUUUGGUGAACUAUGCAAAUUUCAUCAUCCAAUUGAUAGGUCAGUAGUGGCGCUGUCGACACCAAAGGCAGUGCCAGUUCAAGAAGCAAACGUUAAGCUAACUCUUGCUGGACUACCUCGGAGAGAGGGUGUUGCUAUCUGUGUGUAUUACCUGAAAACUGGCACGUGCAAGUAUGGUGCAUCCUGCAAAUUCGAUCACCCACCCCCUGGUGAGGUUAUGGGCAUGGGCGCAACACAAGGAACGUCCGCAGGGGAAGCAAAAGCAGGUGAGUUCCCACAGGAACAGCAGUGAGGUCCCUAGCAUGAAGAAGGUAUUCAUUGAUCUCUGUUGCCAUGCUCUGUUUCGAACUAUGCUUUUCGAGCCAUUGAUGACACUGUACUUGUAUGAAUCGUUCAAUCGACUAUUCUUGGUGUUCCGUUUCUGUGGUGUUGUGCAAGUGUUUUCGGUCCAUUGUAUCGUAAGUAGUCUCUGCAAAACACUUUGUAGAGUUUAUAUAUGAUCAGAUUCUAUACAAAACUUUCCACUUUGUGUAGCUUAUCAACUAUUCAAACAUGAAAUACGAGCCGUUUGCCUCUA